AUGGAGAAGAGGCGGGAGGUUCACCCUGAAGCGUGCAGUGAGUUUGUUUCUGGUCAGAUCGCCUUUAAAAUCAAAGAGGAUGACGAUGCCAGGGUUCCCAGUCACAGCUCUCGGCUGAUGAUGGAUCUGAGUGGCGAGCACAGGGAGGGGCGCCUGGAGUGCCGAGGGACGGACGGCGAGGACGACUACGGCCCACUCUUCUCCCAGUAUAAUAGCACGCUGUACGACGUGGCCAUGGAGGCAGUGACCCAGAGCCUGCUGACCAGCAGGCACAUGAACUCCAGAAAGAAGUCUCCAGCUUGGAAACACUUUUUCAUUUCCCCUCGAGACAGCACGAAAGCAAUAUGUACAUACUGUAUGAAAGAGUUCAGCCGCGGGAAAAACGAGAAGGACUUGAGUACCAGUUGCCUCAUGAGGCACGUGAGACGGGCCCACCCCACCAUGCUCAUUCAGGAAAACGGUGGUGCGUCCAGCGUGGCCUCCUUCCCUUCCCCCCAGCCUGCAGACGUGGGCGACCUCAGCACCAUGCUCUCGCCCAUGAAGCUUGUCAAGAAGAUUGCCUCUAAGAUCCCGUCACCUGACCGCAUCACAGAGGAGUCUGUGUCGGCCGUUUCUUCGGAAGAGAUGUCCUCGGACAUGUCCAUCCCUGAGAAGUACUGCAAAGAAGAAACCUUGCUGGACUCGUCCCCACACCUGUCGGGUCUCCCUUAUGACGAGGCUGCUGAGGGCAGCCUCGACAAGAACCUGGCGGCGUCCAAGAACUUGUCGGGCACCCGCAGACGCUCCGCCGUGUGGAAGCACUUCUACCUGUCCCCCUUAGACAGUUCCAAGGCUGUGUGCGUCCACUGCAUGAACGAGUUCAGCCGAGGGAAGAACGGGAAGGAUCUGGGUACGAGCUGUCUGAUCAGGCACAUGUGGCGGGCCCACCGCUCCAUCGUCCUGCAGGAAAACGGCGGCGGUGGCCCAGGCGGCCCACAGUUCUACACCACCGCCCCAACUCUGCUGCCAUCCCUGCUGUCCACGGACGGAGACAUCCCUUCCGGCUCGUCCUCCCCAGGGAAAGCCGUCAUGGAGCCCACCUCGGCGUCCUCCUCGCCCUACAGGCUGCCCGAGGAUGUCCAGUCUCGCCUAAUCCCCGGAGACCCCUUCGUGGAGGAGGGGUCGGUGCUGUCAUCUCCCGAGGAUGUGGGUGAGGCCUCAGUGGUGUCUUCUCCCGAGAAGCAGGGCGACCGCCCGAGCCCCCAGGACUUGGAGUCCAACUCUGUGUUUCAGCAGAACAAGAAGGUGAUGAAGAGACUCAAGUCAGAAGUGUGGCAUCACUUCUCCCUGGCGCCCACGGACAACCUGAAGGCUGUGUGUCGGCACUGCAGCGGCAUCAUCAGCCGGGGGAAGAAGGGCGAGGUGGGCACCAGCUGUUUGAUGAGGCAUCUCUACAGACGCCACCCGGAGGUCGUCGGCCACCCAAAGGGCUACCUCGGCCCAAGCCUGGCAAACUCGCCGUACGCCACCCUGGCGUCUGCAGAACGUUCCUCUUACAAAGUAAGCAACGUGCCAGAGGCAGCGGCGACACAAGAUAAUCAGGUUCCAUUUCCUGUGAAUAGCAAAAAGACCUCAAAACUGUGGAAUCAUUUUUCAAUCUGCUCAGCAGACUCCACAAAAGUCGUGUGCUUGCACUGUGGGCGGACAAUAAGCCGGGGAAAGAAGCCUACAAACUUAGGGACCAGUUGCCUUUUGAGACACCUGCAGAGGUUCCACAGCGGCGUGCUGAAGAGCGACGGCCCCGAGACCAUGUCGCCCUCCUCCCCAGAAGGGCACAUGCCGCUGAGCACAGAGCUCCUAGGCGCUCUCUCCUUCGAUGACACCAAUGACAAGUUUUGUGAUUCUCACCCAGUUGCCAAAAAAAUCACCAGUCUCAUAGCCGAGCUGAUUGCACUUGACCUCCAGCCGUAUUCUCUGGUAGACAGUGUUGGCUUUACCAGGCUGCUCGGAUACUUGAAACCUCAGUACUGUCUCCCCUCAGCGUCCUACUUCUCCAGGACCGCCAUCCCAGGCAUGUACGACAAUGUGAAGCAGGUCAUUCUGUCCCACCUCAAGGAAGCCGAGAGCGGUGUGGUCCACUUCACGUCUGGGAUAUGGAUGAGUAACCAGACCCGCGAGUACCUGACCCUGACGGCCCACUGGGUCAGCUUUGCGCCAUCGGCCCGGCCCCGCUGUGAAGACCACCACUGCUCCGCGCUCCUGGACGUGUCGCAGAUCGACUGUGACUACGGCGGCAACAGCAUUCAGAAGCAACUGGAGUGCUGGUGGGAAACCUGGGUGACGUCCAUCGGCCUGCAGGUGGGCAUCACCGUGACGGACAACCCCAGCAUCGGCAAGACCCUGAGCGACGGGGACCGCUCCAACGUGCAGUGCUUCAGCCAUACGGUCAACCUCAUCGUGAACGAGGCCAUCAAAAGCCAGAGGAUGGUUCAGAACCUGCUGAGCAUUGCGCGCAAGAUCUGCGAGCGGGUCCACCGCUCCCCCAAGGCCAAAGAGAAGCUGGCGGAGCUGCAGCGGGAGUACCAGCUGCCCCAGCACCACCUCCUCCAGGAUGUCCCCUCCAAGUGGAACACCUCCUUCCACAUGCUCGAGAGGCUCAUCGAGCAGAAAAGGGCCAUCAACGAGAUGGCCAUGGAGUGUAACUUCCGCGAGCUCAUCAGCUGGGACCAGUGGGAGGUGAUGCAGUCUGUGUGCCACGCACUGAAGCCAUUUGACGCUGCGAGCCGCGAGAUGAGCACACACGUGUCUGCGCUCAGCCAGGUCAUCCCCAUGAUCCACAUCCUCAAUAGGAAGAUCGAGAUGCUGUUUGAGGAGACGAUGGGCAUCGACACCAUGCUCAAGUCCCUGAAGGAAGCCAUGGUCAGCCGCCUGUCCUCCACCCUCCACGACCCCAGGUACAUUUUUGCCACACUUCUGGACCCUCGCUACAAAGCCUCCUUGUUCACCGAGGAGGAGGCUGAGCAGUACAAGCAGGACUUAAUCAGGGAACUAGAAAUCCUGAAUUCUACCUCAGAUGACUCACCAGUUUCCAAUGGGCGUGACGCAGGUUCACCCUCCAAAGACCCUGCUGGGGAGGAGAGCUUGUGGUCACUCAUGGCGGAAAUGAAGAGACAAGACCUGAGAGACGAGCUGAAGUUACCUGAAGACAUGGUGCUUGCCUACCUGGAAGAAGAGGUGCUUGAACACAGCUGUGAUCCGUUAACCUACUGGAACCUAAAGAAGGCAUCGUGGCCGGUCCUGUCAGCUCUGGCUGUCAGGUUCCUGGGCUGCCCCCCAAGCAUCGUCCCUUCAGAAAAGCUCUUCAGCACAUCCACGGAAAACAGUAGCUUUAGCCAGUCCAGGCUCAUGAUGGAACAUUUUGAGAAACUCAUCUUUUUGAAAGUGAAUCUUCCCUUAAUAUACUUCCAGUAUUGA